CGGUUGCGCUGCCGUCUAAUUGUUCAAACGCAUGUACGCUGUGCCAAGUGGCGGUCGACAGCAGUAGAGCUCCUCUAAAACUCCCCAAGCUCCAUCAAAGUACACAAAAACAAACAGAGAUGUCGCAGUUGAAGAACGAGAAAGUGGGCAUUGUGGGCAGCGGUCUGAUUGGUCGCUCCUGGUCCAUGCUGUUCGCCUCGGUGGGCUACCAGGUUGUCCUCUACGACAUUCUGCCCGAGCAGGUGUCCACUGCCCUGACCGCCACCCAGAAGGAGCUGCUGGAUCUGGAGUCCAAGGGUCUGCUGCGUGGCAAACUGAAUGCCGCCCAGCAAUUCUCCUGCAUCUCCGGCACCAACGACAUCAAGGAGCUGGUCAAGGACGCCAUCCUCGUCCAGGAGUGCAUCCCCGAGCGCCUGGACCUGAAAAAGGCCCUCUAUAAGCAGCUGGAUGCCGUCGUCGGACCCAACACCAUCCUGUCCAGCUCCACCAGCACUUUUCUGCCCUCCCUCUUCAGCGCGGAUCUGAAAAACAAGGCCAAUGUUUUGGUCUCGCAUCCCGUCAACCCACCGUACUACGUGCCCCUGGUCGAGAUUGUGCCUGCGCCAUGGACGAAACCGGAAUGGGUGAAGAAGACGCGUGCCAUUAUGGAGGAGAUUGGCCAGAAACCGGUCACGUUGUCGCGGGAGAUCGAGGGCUUCGCCCUGAACCGCAUCCAGUAUGCCAUUCUCAACGAGACCUGGCGCCUGGUCGAGGCGGGCAUCCUGAAUGUCCAGGACAUUGACAGCGUGAUGAGCAAUGGACUGGGUCCGAGGUACGCCUUCCUGGGUCCCCUGGAGACGGCCCAUCUGAACGCCGAGGGCAUGGCCAACUACUUUGAGCGCUACUCGAAGACCAUCUAUGCCGUCAGCGAGACAAUGGGACCCACACCGAAGAUGGAGGGACCCGUCGCCGUCGAGGUGGCCAAGCAGCUGGGCGAGAUGGUGCCACUGGACCAGUUGGCCGCACGCCGCAACUACCGCGACAACUGCCUCACCCAGCUGAGCAUCCUCAAGAGCAAGCUCAACAAGCAGUAACUCAUCACUAUCCUUCUGUUCUUAUUUUUUUUUGUGAUAUGCUAAUGCCACACAUGUACUUUAAAUAUACGGAAACUGUCUAAACUAAA